AUGUCCCGUCAAUUUGAUUCUCGACAAAAUCUAUCACUUCCUCUUACCAAUUCAACUGUUGCCACAAUCACUACUCCAACCUUAACACCGACUACUUUAAAAUUGCUUGAAGAUUGUUUUCCCAUUCAAAGUCAAAUGGAUCAUAUGUUUACCCAUCAAUAUCAGGCUGGUUUCAUUCCACCGGCCAUUAAUUCAUCAUCAAUUGCUUCGGAUUCUUCUUGCUCCCAAUUUGACAGCGAAGGUGAUAUUUCUCGAGAUGCAUCACCUCAAAAUAUCAACACCAACCGUGAGAACAACAACAAUGUUCCCAAUGGAUCCGAUCAAACAUCUUCUCAAAUGGUAGUAGAUGAUGAAUCUAGAAAAAAACAACGAAGAGAAAGAAACAAACAAGCUGCCGCUCGAUGUCGACAACGACGAAUCGAAUACACCAAUAAAUUAGCUCGGGAGACGCAAGAACUUGAAACGGUCAACAAUGAACUUCGCUCUACAUUAGCUGCUUUAGCCGCUCAAAAAGUUCAACUGGAAAAUUCACUUAAAAUUCACAGUUCCAUGGGUCUUCAAAUGAUGUAA